CCGGACCCAAAGGACAGAACCGGACCCAAAGGACAGAACCGGACCCAAAGGGACAGAACCGGGCCCAAAGGGACAGAACCGGGCCCAAAGGGACAGAACCGGACCCAAAGGGACAGAACUGGACCCAAAGGACAGAACCGGGCCCAAAGGGACAGAACCGGACCCAAAGGGACAGAACCGGACCCAAAGGGACAGAACCGGGCCCAAAGGACCGAACCGGACCCAAAGGGACAGAACCGGGCCCAAAGGGACCGAACCGGACCCAAAGGACCGAACCGGGCCCAAAGGACAGAACCGGGCCCAAAGGGACAGAACCGGGCCCAAAGGGACAGAACCGGGCCCAAAGGACAGAACCGGAUUGAAAGGACUGGGCCCAGUUAACACGGGUUGAGAACUGGGCUGAAGGUACCGAACCGAACCGGGUUGAAAGGGACGGGAUCUAAAGUAAACGGGAACUAAAGCGGCCCAGGCCCCGGCUGUGGGGAAGGGAUUGAAACGGACCGGACCCGGUUGAAGGUUCCGGGUCGGGUCAUGGCGGAACCGCUGCUGAAAAGAACCUUGUCUCGGUUACGGGGCCGGGACCGGACGCGUAGGAAGAAACUGGAUGGGAAAGAUGGAGACCAUCAUCAACCCGGUUCCGACCCAGACGUAUCCCCAGAACCACCGACAUCCCAUAAACAGAACCGGGUUCACAUCUCCAGCCAUCAUCAUCCUCCUAAAACCCCAUUGGAAAGGCUGGAACCCAACGAGGAGGAUGGAAACGCCCCGUUAUCCCCUAUGGACCCUAAUAGGGAUGAAGGCACCGAGGGAGAAGAGGAUUCGGAUGCAGCUGAACUUUGUGGGCCGGGUCGGAGCCCAGGACACGGCGCUUAUCUGCAGAGCCUGGAACGGAGCAGCAGACAGUGGGUGCUGUCAGCAGGGAAAGGAACGGGGUGGGAUGAGAUGAAUGGGAUCAAUGAGACGGAGCCGGGAGCGGCGGGGAGAGAAGGGGAGAUUUGGUACAACCCCAUCCCUGAGGAUGAGGAUCCCACUGAGCUGAGCAGCGAGGAGAGGAAAGGGACGGAGCAGGAACCGGCUGCUGGGAGCAAACAGGACGGUGCCCCAUCCGUGUCCCCAUGUCCCCCCCAGGCCCCCCACCCCAUAACCAGGCUGAAAUCCCCGGGCACCGUGCGCCGUCUGUCCCUGAAGAUGAAGAAACUCCCUGAAUUAAGACGGAAAUGGAGCCUGCGAAACCCCCGACACCGGGACCCCGAAACCAGCCCGUCCCCAAACAACCCCCAUAAGGAAUCCAGCAACGUGAUAAGCCGUUAUCACUUAGAUACCAGCGUGAUAACAUCCCCCCCAUCCAAACCAACCACCAAAGGGGGUUAUUUAAGCGAUGGAGACUCCCCCGAGCUCCCAUUUAAAACACAUCCAGCCCUAAAUAAUGAGGAAUAUGGGCUGGAUGUGGGUGUAUUUAAACCCUAUUACUACAGGGAGCAGCCAAAUAUGGGGCAGGGGAUGUCGGGGCUGGUGAACGUUCACCUCUAUGGGGUGCGGGGUUGGAAGCCGCCCCGUGUGGAUAUAAAGGGGGUUUAUUGUGAGCUGCAGGUGGAUGCAGGUAAUAGGGCUCGUACUGCAUUGCUGCCAUGUAGGGCCGCCUUCCUGCGCCUCAAUCACUGCUUUAAUAUGGAGCUGGAUGGGGCGCAGGUUAUUAGGGCCGUGGUGCUGGCGAGGGAGACGGCGACGGGACGGAGCAGGAUGUGCUGCCAUGGGACAAUAGGGCUGCAGGAGGUGUUCAGGGGUGAGUUAUGGGGUUAUAACCAUGGGGUUAUAGGGCAGGGAACAGGAUGUGCUGCCAUGGGACAAUAGGGCUGCAGGAGGUGUU